CGCAGCUCUCCUCGCCGGCCGGCGGUCUCGGCGACCGUGCUCGGCUCGCGCGGCCCACGACCGCGCCCGGGCCUCGGCCCGCCAGGGCGCCCGCGCGGAUCGGCCGGGCCUCGCAGGCGAUGGCGGCCGCGGCGGCGCUGUCGGGCGCGGGCGCCCCUCCCGCGGGCGGCGGGGCCGGGGGCGGCGGAUCCCCGCCGGGCGGCUGGGCCGUGGCGCGGCUCGAAGGCCGCGAGUUCGAGUACCUCAUGAAGAAGCGUUCGGUGACCAUCGGGCGCAACUCGUCGCAGGGCUCGGUGGACGUGAGCAUGGGCCAUUCGAGCUUCAUCUCGCGGCGCCACCUGGAGAUCUUCACGCCCCCGGGCGGCGGCCAUAGCGCGGCCGCCCCGGAACCCGCGCAGCCCCGGCCGGACGCGGGCGGCGACUUCUACCUGCGCUGUCUCGGCAAGAACGGCGUGUUCGUGGACGGGGUGUUCCAGCGGCGCGGGGCGCCGCCGCUGCAGCUGCCGCGCGUGUGCACUUUCAGGUUUCCGAGCACAAACAUCAAGAUAACAUUCACGGCCCUAUCCAGUGAGAAGAGAGAGAAGCAAGAAGCCCCAGAGUCGCCAGUGAAGCCUGUGCAGCCACACAUCUCACCCCUGACCAUUAACAUUCCAGACACUAUGGCCCACCUCAUCAGCCCCCUUCCCUCUCCCACGGGAACCAUCAGUGCUGCAAACUCCUGCCCAUCCAGUCCCCGGGGAGCAGGAUCUUCAGGGUACAAAAUGGGCCGUGUGAUACCAUCUGACCUCAAUUUAAUGGCUGACAAUUCACAGCCAGAAAAUGAAAAGGAAGCUUCAGGUGGAGACAGCCCAAAGGAUGACUCAAAGCCACCUUACUCCUAUGCACAGUUGAUAGUACAAGCAAUUACAAUGGCUCCUGAUAAACAACUCACCCUAAAUGGAAUUUAUACACACAUCACUAAAAACUAUCCAUACUAUAGGACUGCAGACAAGGGCUGGCAGAAUUCAAUUCGCCACAAUCUCUCUCUGAACCGUUAUUUCAUCAAAGUGCCACGUUCCCAGGAAGAACCAGGCAAAGGCUCCUUCUGGAGGAUAGAUCCUGCCUCCGAGAGCAAGCUGGUAGAGCAGGCUUUUAGGAAGAGACGGCCUAGGGGCGUGCCUUGCUUUAGAACCCCCCUGGGACCGCUCUCCUCUAGGAGUGCCCCAGCCUCUCCCAACCAUGCAGGAGUGUUGUCUGCUCACUCCAGUGGCGCCCAGACCCCGGAGAGCCUGUCGAGGGAGGGUUCCCCAGCCCCCUUGGAGCCGGAGCCUGGCGCUUCACAGCCCAAACUUGCCGUCAUCCAGGAGGCACGGUUUGCACAGAGUGCACCAGGGUCACCUCUCUCUAGUCAGCCCGUCUUAAUCACUGUCCAACGGCAGCUACCCCCGGCCAUUAAGCCUGUCACCUACACUGUUGCAACCCCAGUGACCACAUCCACCUCUCAGCCACCUGUUGUGCAGACGGUACAUGUUGUCCAUCAGAUACCAGCAGUGUCAGUCACCAGUGUGGCUGGACUGGCCCCAGCAAAUACAUACACAGUUGCUGGACAAGCUGUGGUCACUCAGGCUGCAGUGCUGGCUCCUCCUAAGGCAGAAUCACAAGAGAAUGGCGAUCACAGAGAAGUCAAAGUGAAAGUAGAGCCUGUCCCUGCAAUUAGCCCAGCCACACUAGGCGCUGCUAGCCGAAUCAUCCAGACAUCACAGGGUACCCCUGUCCAGACAGUGACCAUAGUACAACAGGCGCCUUUAGGUCAACACCAGCUUCCAAUAAAAACUGUAACGCAAAAUGGAACUCACGUGGUACCAGUGCCUCCAGCAGUGCACAGCCAGGUGAACAACGCAGUGGCGAGUCCUCUCCAUAUGUUGGCAACCCAUGCGUCAGCAUCGGCGUCCCUGCCCACAAAGCGCCAGAACGGUGACCAGGCAGAGCAGCCGGAGCUCAAGCGCAUUAAAGCAGAAGAUGGCGAGAGCAUUGUCAUUGCCCUGAGCGUAGAUGCGCCACCAGCAGCUAUGAGAGAGAAGGGGAUCCAGAACUAGCUGCUGGGAGACCUUCUCUUCAGACAUCAGUUUGUGGUGCCAAAAGGAGAUGCUGCCUCUUCCUGAAGCAGGGAGCGCAUCCUCAGUGGGUAAAGGGCCCUGCGGUUGGACUUCACCUCUUAGCACUGAAAACAUGAACCCAGGUGGCCUUAAAACUCCCUAAUUUAAAGACAAGUUAGACUUGAACAGACCCACAACAGCAACCCUGGUUCCAGAGGUGGUGUCUCCUACAGAGCACUCGCUGGGCUGUCAUCUGUGGGCUCAGCUUUUACUACAAGCAAGAACUCUGAGUCUCUUGUGCAGAUGCAGCACCCGCUGCAAGUGGAUCUCUCUGGCUUUCCUCUAGGGGACAGAGCCAUAGCCACCUGCUGCCCUCAUAGGACCUGCUGGUUGCGGCUGAGAGACAAGACAGUAUUUUGUUGUCUACAUGUGGAAUUAGAAUACUUGGAGAUGUCCUUUCUUUACUAAAUAACGGGGUCUUUGACAUUUCAUAUCACUCCAUUUCUACUCUGGAAAUUCGAGAUUCAUUUGGGGGAAAGAAUGUCAUUCUGUUUGUUUCUGUGGUUUGUUUCCAGCCCAUGGGAUGGUUUGCUCUGGUCUGUCCUGCCUGUUUGGGUGGCACUUCUUUAGGAUACCUGCUUGCCCAUUUCCGUUCAGAGCAGUUCCCUGUGCCAUUGUAGAGGGUGGGUGGACUGAGGCUGCAUGGACCCAUAAGGCCGGGGCACUGGGACAAGGGACCCCGGGAGCCUCUAGCCUCCGGGCUGCACGUACCUGUUCUUGCGCAUUCUGUUGUCUGUUUCUUUAUGUUGACUUUGUCCUUGGCGUAGUUUCCCAUUCUAGUAAACGAGUCUCCUACAUAUUGUGUAUGCUUAAAGCAGCAGACCCCUUUCCCCCUUGGGAAACAGACCCAGCUGUUGUAACACCUUUCUUUUCAGACCGAAGUCAUAGGUCUCUCGCAGAACCCUGCUGGGAGUCAUAGGGGUCCGCUCUGGCUUCCUGCACCUGCAUGGCGAGAGCUCUUGGAGAGAUUGAGGGUCUUGGAAGUAAGACCCAGUGGCCAGGUUCUCAAGAAUCCAGGCCAUUUUCUGAUUCUCUAGAGGUUUCUCUGGCUUUUCAGAAUGAAGGCCCACACUAAGUCUGACUUACAUCCUAUAUAAGUAAAAUUUAAGGAAGGGUGAAGAGAGGUGGGAGGCCAGCAGCCCAGCCCACACUCAGGAUCACCGCUCAUCUUUCCGGAGCAUUCUGGACUUAGCUGAGCAGCAGGCAGAGGGACUUAGCCUCAUUGUGGGUUGGUUUUUUUUUUUUUUUUAAUGUCAUCAUCAUAACGUUAUUUAUUUAAAUGUAGUUAUUUUGGUAUUUAAUUUUUUUUUAAGAGAAGGGGGGAAAACCCUGUAUUUUCCUGGUAGAAUGAAAUGGCUCAGAAUGGUAUAUUUAGGCAAUUUAAAACAUUAUUUACAUAAAGACCAAAUAUGAUAAGUCUGUUCUAAGUAUUGCUUCACCCACAGUAUGGAGCUGUCACAAUGUUACUGCAGAUGUUGUGUGUUGACGUUCUGGAGUUACUGCACACAAGCUGGAUUUAUAUAACUAAGCCCCUGAAAACAAUAAAAGAUAAGACAUCAUGUGAGUGAGAACACGUGUGUGCCACAGCAGUCUGCCUUUGGACUGCAGCCUGGGGGACUGGAGCCCCUCCAAGCCGCAGUCUGCCUCCUCCAUCUUGCAGGUAACCUUGAAAUAUGUAUUUCUUAAAGGUUUGCAGUUUGCAAAGCACUUCUGGUUCUGUUGUGCCCAGCAUGUGGGUCCCAGCUCUGGGCCUCAGUUAUGUGGUGCGCUAGCAGGAGGCCACCCUAGUGAGGUGGGUUCGGGCACCACCAGCUGAACAUACUGUGUGUCUGGGGACAUCUGUGUGUAGCAUGCUUGACUAGGAUUGGGUAGAUGUUCCCUGCGUGAGUCAAGUCUGCAGAUUCAUUACCUCCGAGCUCCAGACAGACCUUAGGAGUCUGCAGGGGUUUCUUUUGGGGGAUCAUAGAAAAAUUUUGAAGAUGGAAGGAGGAUUUUUUUUCUUGAAGGCCACAUUCUCAGUCUCAAGUGAGUGAAGUGUCCUGUGCAGCCACAGGCACACACUCACCUCUUCUCCUUGCUGCUCUUUGGUACAUAGGAAUGUAAAGCUGAAAGGAGUGGGCACAAGCUAAGCCGCAGACUAACAGUACUGAACCCAGGUUUCCUUGCCAGUGUUGCAAGCACUGCUUUAGUCUAUGUUCCUCUGAGUCCCCAGAAGCCGCUCCACACACCAUGGCUGGGCUCGUCUGCUGUCUGAUGUGGGGUGGGGGCAAUGACCCUGACACCACAAGUAGCUUGCAGCAGUUCCCAGGUCCACUGUGGCACCUCAGUGUUGAAUGCUUAACGAGUCUCUCUUUGACCUUUACCAAACUUCUGAGCUCCCUCAGGGACUAGAUAACUUGAGUAGCUUUGGCUUGAACCACACAGAACACAAAGGGAAACUUUGCUGUGUCCUGGGUACAGUGCAUUCCAGAGUGUGUGUGGCAUACUUUGUAUAUUCUCCACACCGCAGAAUGUCUCCAUAAACACCCCACCUCACCUCCUUGUCCUCUGCGGGGGGUGGCUGGGCACAGAGUAGCUGAAGUAGUUCAGAAGGGGCUGGGGAGUAUCAGGACUUGGGUUUUCUACGCUGUGUGACGCAAGGAGAGAAGUGACAAUCGUGAAAUCCGAGCAUCUGCUGUUCUAGAGUAAGCAGAGUGGUGAUCUGUGUGCAAAGAUUUGGAAUUUUUAAAAAAAGUACCAAGUUCCUGAAAUUCAAUAAAAUAUUUUUAUUAA